ACGCAGUGCAGGAAACCUACGUUCCAUGCGCAUUUCCUGCAUCGCAUUCAAAAUGCACUGGGUGUGCGAUCUGCACAGGGUGUUAAUGUAUACCUAACGACACCACAAAUGCAGAUUGCAAACACAGUAGGUUUGCCUGCACUGGAUUGUAUGGUGCUGCAAUACUAUUCAAUUCUGUUGCAAUACAUUUUGGUACAUGCACUACUUUUGGUGCGAUCCAGCAGGUGCGGACUGACCAUUUGGAAACUCAGGCACUGCCCGAGGGCCCGGGGUCAGUAGGGGGCUCCAUGAGAUGCCCCUGGUACCUUUUUCAUAGGCUUUUUUGAGUUUGGACAAGGACACAGGGGCCCCAUGAUCCCUUAUUGCCUGGGGACCCCAU